CUGCAAAAAAAUAAAUUAAAUGGCUGUAGAUACAUCAUCAGAGAUAUUGAGAUACGUAAAUUGGAAGAAUGAACCGGCUGUGCCAGACCGGCAUGGUGGCAUCUUAGCUGCCUCAUUUGUCCUAGUUGUGGAGGUGCUCGAGAACUUGGCUUACUUAGCAAAUGCGAGCAAUCUUGUUCUAUAUUUGACCAGAUUUAUGGGAUUUUCUCCAUCGGGCGCUGCCAAUACAGUCACCAACUUCAUGGGCACCGCCUUCAUUUUAGCUCUACUUGGCGGUUUUUUAUGUGACGCUUUCUUCACUAGCUAUUACAUCUACCUCGCAAGCGCUGUAAUUGAAUUUCUCGGUCUGCUAAUACUCACGGUUCAAGCUCAUGCGCCAUCUCUCCGACCAUCAUCCGGUUUGGAAAAACAUACUCUGCUUUUCGGAGGCUUAUAUCUAGUGGCCCUCGGAGUUGGCGGCAUAAAAGGUUCGCUUCCACCUCAUGGAGCCGAACAAUUUGAUGAGAACACUACCAAAGGGAGAAAACAACGUUCAACUUUUUUCAACUACUACAUAUUCUCCCUUGCAUGUGGGGCUCUCAUCGCGGUCACUUUCGUUGUAUGGAUUGAAGACAAUAAAGGUUGGCAAUGGGGCUUCGGCAUAGCCACUGCAUCGAUACUUAUCUCCAUUCCGGUUUUUCUUCUUGGCUCGCCGUUGUAUAAGAUUAAAAAACCAUCCGGAAGCCCUAUCACAACCAUCGUUAAGGUUUUGUUUGCUGCGAUUUACAACUCUUGUAGAUCAAGAAAAGCGAGCAAGGCAGUUGUGAACAUGUCAUUUACGAGUCCAUCCCUCGAGACCGAAACCAACAACGACGAGACUUCAUCACGACAUCUAAAAAUCCUUACAAGAGCUAUGGAAAACCAACACCAACAUUCUUUGAUCUCUUGCACACUAAAAGAAGUCGAGGAAGUAAGCAUAGUUCUCAAAAUCCUCCCCAUUUUCAUGUCAACCAUCAUGCUCAAUUGUUGUCUAGCUCAACUCUCCACCUUCUCAAUCCAACAAGCAAGCACCAUGAACACAAUGAUUGGUUCCUUCAAAGUCCCACCGGCUUCUCUCCCCAUAUUCCCCGUGAUCUUCAUCAUGGCCCUCGCUCCCAUCUACAACCACGUGAUAGUUCCUCUUUCGAGAAAACUUACCAAAACCGAAACGGGCAUUACUCAUUUACAAAGAAUUGGAACCGGUUUAUUCCUUUCCAUCAUGGCCAUGGCUAUCGCGGCUCGAGUGGAGAUGAAGAGAAAAAGGGUGGCGGAAACAUCCGACACUAAAACUCCUCUUCCAAUAACAUUCCUUUGGAUUUCACUUCAAUACUUGUUCCUUGGAUCGGCUGAUCUAUUUAGCUUGGCUGGAAUGAUGGAGUUUUUCUUCACCGAGGCUCCUUUUAGCAUGAGAUCUUUAGCCACGUCUCUAUCAUGGGCAUCAUUGGCUAUGGGUUACUAUUUGAGCUCGGCCCUUGUUUCGGCAGUCAAUGGAGUAACUUCUUGGCUUGAAGGAAGUGAUUUGAAUCAUUAUCAUCUUGAGAGGUUUUAUUGGUUGAUGUGCAUAUUAAGUGUGUUGAAUUUCUUCCAUUAUCUUCUUUGGGCGUGCCGAUAUAAAUAUAGAUUAUCCAGCUCGAUCAACACUAAACCUUCAAUGGAACCCAUAAUAAGUAUGACGACGCCGUAAACAAGCAUGCAUGCAGUAUAAACAUUAUUUAUUAAGCCACAAUUAGAAGGUGUUAUGAAUGAAUUAAUUGAUGAUUAAAUGAUUCAAUUAAUUCUCUACUUGAUUAAGCAAUAUGAAAUGUAUUUUUAUUACAAUUUUUUAUUUUAAUUUGGGUUUAAUUAGUGAUAUGUAUUCUCUAUGAUUAUGUAGUAAUGUAGACAUGAUUGUAAUUAAUGUAUUAUAUAAGUAUUGUAC